AUGGAAGAGGAAACCGAAGAUCGUAAGAGAGAAAUCACGUUAACCGAAGAGCUUCCAUCGGAACAAGCGGCCAAACAAGCUCGAUUGAAAGAAGAAAUGGAGCAAGCGAGUCUCAAUGCAUUGAUCCAUGGCUGGAACCCAACAGUUCCCCCCAUCGACCAAGUGGGCAUACGAUUCGCCAAAACCAGCAAAGGGAGCACGACCUCCUCGUGGUUGCCCAAGGACGAGGAAGGUCAGAAUGAACACCAUGAAGGCAAGGAUCAAGGCGAUGCCCCUGGAUGA